AUGUCGGACGGCGAGGAAGUGCCGCCCCCACAACGCCAGCCGGCGUACAGGCCUCUUGCGAGGCCCGCUCAGCCCGCCGCCGCCGCCACGAGCGGCCAGCCGAGGCAGCGCCCGGCCGCGCCCAGCCGCGAGCCGACCGCAGCGACCCAGCAAGGGCCCCCCGCCCCCCUCCCCGGCCGCGACAGCCACCGCCGCCCCAGACACCACCCGGACUCCUCAGAGGGAUCGCUCUCCGAGGAGAAGAGACCCAGAGUCGGGCCCUCGCCGAAGCAGAGGGCAUCGACACCGGAGCCACAGAUAUCGCCCAUAGAGAGGUAUGUCCCGGGUUACCGCGGGGAAAACACCCUGCGGACCCCUACCGCAUCCCCGGUCGGGUCCGCCUCAGCGCCCGCAUCACCAUCCGCCCACGGCUCCUCGGCCCGUUUCUCCUCGGAGGGCCGAUCAGGCACGACAGCCGAAGGCAGCCAGCCGAUUUAA